AUGAACAGUCAAAACUUUCAUCAGUCCUACAACCCUCAAUCCUCGAGUGGACCUACAGCCGAACAAUUAGCGGCUUUUCAAAAACAGCAACAAACGUUCCUACAGCAACAGCAGCAGUACAUGAUGCAGCAGCAGCAACUUCAGAAACAGAUGAUGCGUGAAGAACAGCGGAAUCGUCUGAAAAAUAUGAAUUCAAGCACUUCAACUAAUGUUAGCUUCAGUGGUAGUUCCAACCUCCAAGGUAUGUUUCAGUCAGACACAUCACUCGCUCUGACUCCUUCUGCCAGCCCCAGAAUGGAGGGGAAUGAUUCUUAUACUGAGACGGUAUCAAGUUUUUCUAAGCCUAUAUUCGCUACUGAAAACCAUGUUCCGUCUAUACAAAGCAGCUCGUCAUUUUCAACAUCUGAAAACAACCAGGAUGAUUUCGAUGAGUUUGACGAUUUUCAAACAGCAGUUCCAGAAUCAACACCUGCUGAUCCAGCAGAGAUGAAAGUAGGAAUUAAAGAGUUGCUUGGGAUCACCACCCCAAAACCCGAACCUAAAAAAGAAAGUAAUUCUAUCCUUAAUAUGUUUGGUAGUAACAAUCUUGCUUCGGUAAGUCAGGGCAAAAAGUCAGAGCCUACUGAGCAGGAUUGGACCGACUUUACGACCACACCAGUUGCAGUGGUUGACCACUCACUAAAUUCUAGUGUACCUGCGAUUGAUCUAGCGCCACCUGUUAAAACGAAUCCAUCCAACUUGAACAUGACCAAAAUACCCUCUAUAUAUAAAGAUAUCAUCGCCUUUUGCAACACUCCAAGCGGUAUUAUUGAUGUCGGGAAGAUUUAUGAGAUUUUGCUGACAGAUAAGUUCAAAGUGGUCGCUCUGCAACCUUUGAUGAGUCAGUGUAAGAUGAUGGGAAGCCCGACUGCUAAAGAUCUUGUUGAUUUGCUUGGAAUUGUUGCACUAAAGCAGAAAGGAUUCCCAACACCAUCGAAAUAUGAACUGAACUAUCAGAAGCUAUCAAUACCAUCGAUAAAUAUGUCUGUUUUGAAGAAGAACAAGUCCAACCAAAAGGAAAGUAAAAGUGAGCAGCCAACUUUACUCUCUUUUGUGAGCCAGGAUGCCGAGAAGAAGGUGCCAGCACUAGCACCUGUUUUCGAUUUUGGCAUGUCUUCCACCAAAGAUCUCUCGUGUGCACCAUUUGCUGGACCACAAACGAAUAAUAACGGAAUGCUUCCAACUGAUUUGUCUGCAAACAACGAUGACGAUGACUGGGGUGAUUUUGGAGAGGUUAGUGAACCAGCUAAAAGUACCAACUUUUCCUGGGACAAUAACCAAGUUGCUGACUUUGCACCCUCUACGAAGAGUAGUCCUGUGGUAGAUCUGCUAAAUAUGCCUAUUGUUGUCUCUACUAAGAGCAAUCCUGUCGUCGAUUUGCUGAACAUGCCUGGUCUUCCUGUACGAACUUCUUCCUUAACAGUGAGUCUGCCUAAACCUCGAUCAGCAGCCCCUUUGAAGCUGGAUGAACCUCCGCCCUUAUCAGACGAGGAUGAUGAAGACUGGGCAGACUUUGCACAUCCUGCUCACAAAUGGGAUAUUGACCCCGAUGAUAUUGAGGAACAAGCUGUCAAUAAUACUGCAUCUAAAAACAGGUGGGGCACUAUCUCCAUUUCAUCAGAUAAAGGCACAGGUAUUGACAAUUAUCAUGAUAAGGAUUAUAGUCAUGUUAAAGUUGAAGAUGUGGAGGACACUAAAGCUGAACAGCCCAACUUUUUUGCUGCGAACCUUUCUUCUAUUUCAGUUGCCAAAAUGGAUGUUGCAAUGUCUGAUGUUCGUUCCAAGUUUGAUGUACCAUCCCCAGCAACAACAAAUAACUCAAAUAAAGAUAAACUUGUCUUCGAGAAGGAAGUUGUGUUUGCUGAUGAAACCACGACAAAGAAAAACGUUGUUCAAAAAGAUCUAGACAAGCUCGCCUCUCCUGAUGCAGAUCUUGGACAGUUUGUGUCGCCUUUUGCUGAUUUGACUGAUUCAAAUCCGCAACCAUUCGAUGCAGUUUUCAUGAAGUCUGUAGAAAAGAAAAAGUUCGAUAACGUUUUCGUCAUCUCUGCAGGAGCUUUUGAUUCUGGUAACAACAAGGACGAAUCAGCAGCUUCUAAUUUUGACUCACCAUUCGCCGACUUCAACAAUAACACAGCUAAAGCAAUAACCGAGUCUGGUGACUUUGGUAAUUUCACCACUUCUGGUGAUGCUGAAACUGGUGAAAAAGAUAGCCAAGAACCCGAAUCAUUUGUUCCUGCUUUUGCAGAUUUCGGGAGCCCGUCAGACGACGAAGACGAGUUUGCUGACUUUUGUGGCACUGCUGAGGAUAAUGACUCAACAAAAGAUACUCUGACUGAAUCAUUGAAACUCACUAACCUCCCGAAGAAAGACCUUGACGGAUUUUGGAAUGACAUGGUUGAUGGUCUUGGCUCUAAGACUGACAGUGUCCCUGUAUUUGAUUUAAACGAGGAAGCUCCUAAAAAAGUGUCUAAGCCUGUCGAUGUUACAGCGUUCGUUCCUACAGUUCAACAUCCCGUCAGCUAUGAUGCCUUAAAAGGGGAAUCAUUUGACAAUGAAGAAGACAGAAUAGGGGCUUGGAGUAAGAGCUUAUCAAUGAUUCUGACGAUUCUUAUACAUUGUCAAUCUCUGUUAGGAGCUUCAAAGGUUCCGUUAGUAAAACAAGAGGUGGUUGAUUCAGAGAAAGGAAAGUUGUACCUGGACUGUUGCACUGAAGUGUUCAGAGUUGCCUGUAGAAUAAGUCUAGCAGGUGCCUUUGACGAUGGAAUCGUCGAAAUAUUCAAAGAAAUCAAACACACUUGGACCCUUAUAUCAGAAAUGUUGGACGACAGUAUUGAUUUACCAACUAUUCGCGAUUUCAAUAUCCGCCCAGCUAAAACUGAGGACGAAUUUUCUGGUAGGAAUUGUGGAAUAUGUUUGUUAGACACGGGUGUUGAGAGUAAAACCAGCAAAUUGCAAUAUAACGGGGUUUUUUACCAUGUGACUUGUGCUAAUUUCUGGGUGAAUUCUGUUAGUCCGUUACUUCCUGAUCUGAAUAGUAAAUUGGAGGCUCCGCUUUUAUAG